AUGGUGGUUCGCCUCCUCUUCCUCCUCCUGCCCCUCCUCUUCCUCCUCCUGCCCCUCGCUUGCUCCCUCCUCUUCCUCGAGCUCCCCUCGGUCUCAGGCAAACCAACUGUCCAUGAUGACUUGGAUCCAGCUCAAGUGACCAACCCGACCACGCCCAUCACAGUCCCAUCGACGAACCCAACACCAACAAUCAUCACCGUGCCGUCCACAAACCCUACCAUCACAAUCCCUUCAUUAAACCCUUUGCCCACACCUAUCACAACCCCCUCAAACGACCCUUCUACCACAUUACCAUUGCCAACCCCUUCGACAUCUGCACCCAACACGCCAGUCACCAUUCCUGUUACCACCCCUUCGACAUUCCCCCCAUCGGCACCACUGACAAACCCAGCGACGAACCCAAUGGUGCCUACUGUCGGCACUACACCGCCUACUUCUCCGACCACUACUCCAGUCACAGCUCCUGUUGUGUCAGGGCAGCAAGCCUGGUGCGUGGCCAAGGCCGGCUCAUCACAAACCGCGCUCCAGGACGCACUGGACUAUGCGUGCGGUAUUGGUGGAGCAGAUUGCUCACCAAUACAGCCAUCAGGGAGCUGCUAUUAUCCAAAUACCUUGGAAGCCCAUGCGUCAUACGCCUUCAACAGCUAUUACCAGAAGAACCCUGCACCCUCCAGCUGCGACUUUAGGGGUGCCGCAAUGCUUGCCAAUGCUAAUCCAAGCUCAGCAACCUGUGUAUUGGCAUCAUCAAUGUCUUCUCCAACGAGCUCUACUGCUGGAUCCACUGCUCCUACUACAUCAUCCACUAGCCCUGUUACUAGUUCAUCUGAUUCUGAUCCAGGAUCAUCAGUACUGAACUCGAGUGGCUCAGGCAUUUCUGGAUCAUCAGACUUUGGGUCGGACUUCCCAGGAGAGGCCAACACUGGCAAUGGUUGGCACUCAAUCUUGCCCUCUGGCUGGUCCUGGGCAGGUUUGUUCUCAACGCUUGCAUUGCCAUACGUUGGAGGGAUAUUUUGA